AUGUUGUGUACUAUAUUGAAAGAAGUAAGAGAAGUUAAUGUGAUAGUCAGAAAGAAAGAAGAGAUGCACAUAUUAAAAAAAGAAAAAAGAAAAAGACAUUUGUUUUUGCAGAGUCUUCCUCUGGAGGUGAGUGUACUGCAGGUGUUCUACGUGUAUGUUCAACAGUGCCCAAGUUCUCAGCUUGGAGAAUGCUGGGGACCGUUGCUUGUCAUGGUAAAAGAAGGUACCUUGACAUUAUCACCUCCAGCCCAGCUUGUUUUGUUAGCCACACUCAAUGAGUUUGUUCAACGAGCAGCUCCUCUACAAGAGAAAAAGGACAUAAAAGAGUUGCAGGAAGUAUCUGGUAAAUUACUGGAAUCCUGUAGUAACAUUGCUGGAUCCUGUCUUGAAGCCACUACAUGGUUGAGAAGGAAUUUGACUGUCAAAACUGAGUCAGCUGACAAAAAAGAUGGAGUUAAUGAUGCUGUUUCAUACAGUGUAGCAGCACUUAGUGUACUGGCAGAGUUACUGGCUCCCCUUCUGGAUGUCUUGUAUGUGAGUGAAGAGAAAGACAAAGUUGUUCCUCUCUUAACUAAUAUUAUGGCUCAUGUUGUACCUUACCUACGUAAUCACAAGCGAGGAAAUAUGGCAGCUUUUUCAGCAUGCUCACAGCUGCUGUCUUCCCUGUCUGGUUACCAGUACACUGUUAGAGCUUGGCGACGAGACGUGUUAGACCUUUUGCUGGAUCCUCAGGCUUUCAUGAUGCUUCCUCCCAUUUUGCCUUAUUGGCGAACAAUUGUGGAUUAUCUUUGCACACAUGAUAAAACUGUUUUCAAAGAAUUGCUAAGUCGAGUCUAUGUCCCAGGGUGGAUCAUUAAAGCUUGUUUUCCAGCAAAGAAUCAGAAGCGAUUGGCUGAGGUAACUCGAUUAGGGCAAGUUGUUCCUUCUUUAGUGGCUCAGGUACUCCUCUGUUUUCGGGUGUUGCUCCUACGAAUGUCACCACGAGGUGUGACAUCACUGUGGCCUGUUAUUAUCACUGAACUAGUCCAAGUAUUUCUUAUGAUGGAACAAGAAUUGGCUACAGAUUCUGAACAAUUCAGAGAUACAAACAGACUGGGUCACAAGUUGAAAUUGUGUCUGGAGCACUCCCCUUUGCCACCCGUAACUUCAAAUUUUGCUCUGGGUGCCUAUUCUGCUGGUAAGAAUUUGUGCAAAGAACAGAACAAGGAAGAAGAAUCUGUUCCUUUAACCCCUUCCCUGAUUAUCCUUAGUAUUCUCAUGAUUCAUGAAUUAAGUUCUGAGGCAAUGGGUUAUCCGUCUGUGACAGACUUCAGGCUUCUGAUGACUUUUGCAGAAAAAUUAACCAGUGAAAUUAUGUAUGCCAGGUAUUGGAUAUAA